AUGAUCGACAAUCGACUUUCGACGCUUGAUCCGCUCUCUUUAGCGAUUGAAGAAUGCACAUUCAUUACUUCUGUUAUGAGGAAGUCCACAAAGUCGGCAUCCAGUGGACCACUAUCUACGCUUCUUGGGACACAAUUUGGCAAAGAGAGUACACCAUAUGGUGACGAUGAGGGAUCCACACGCCUUUCGGCCUUUUUGAAGUCUGGAAACAAAAUCAAGGAGGAUGAUCACUUUCUAAGUGGAUUUAUCGAGCUCAGAUCUAUGUUGAGCGAACUGAAAACAAUCGACGACAUUGAUAUGUUGACUCUCCUACAGCCAUUCCUUUUACUGAUCAAAUCACCUAUCACAUCUGGCUACAUAACAGGCAUUGCGGUAAGCUCUUUAUCUAAGUUUGUCAAAUACGGAAUCGUGAACGAAAAUUGUCCGAACAUUUUUCAAUGCUUGGGUCAAAUAAUAUCAGCGCUGUCGCACUGUCGUUUUGAGGGGUCCGACCAAACACAAGAUGACAUUUUGUUGAUUAAGAUAAUUCAGCUAUUGGAGUUGAUAGUUACUUCUACGUUGGGUGACCUGCUAACUGAUGACUCAAUGUAUGAGUCUGUUUCGACAUGCUUUUCCUUAGCAAUCAAUACCAGGAGACGUGAAAUUCUUAGAAGCGCCGCAGAGACCUCUCUUAUUAGUAUAACCGAGAAAAUAUUCAGCAAAUUGAGAUACAUCAAAAUUGACUCUGGGAUUGACCACAAUGUCAAGACAACUGAAGUUGAACUUACUGCUACGACAGAAACUGGAGAACUGCCCAACGAUAUAAUAGGAGGUACGGAUUAUACUCAAUCUCAUGAGUCGACAGUCGAGGAUAACGUGAGAGCACGCGAACUGACUGACACUGAAAUCCAAGACAGAAAUAGCCAAAGCAGCAGCAACUCUAGUUCGCAGAUAUAUCAUGAUGAUCCUGAAGAUCAUAAGACCUCAGGCAAUAACGAAAGUUAUUCGACCGCGGGAAAAACAAACUCUUCCAUUGCCGAUGACGACCAAGUUCCAUUUGGAAUUCCUUGUAUGAAGGAAUACAUGAACCACACAAUUGAAAUCCUAUCGCCGGAUAAUCAGUUCAGAUUUACCGAAAGUGCUAGGGUUUUGGCACUGAACAUACUUAACACCAUUGUCGAGGUCUCAGGUGGUGUGGUAGUCCAUCAUCCGUCUCUUUUCCAAUUAAUCUCGGACAAAGCUUGCCAUCAUUUGGUACAGCUCGUUCAAACUGUGGACUCUCCCUACUUGCUCACUCUCGCAAUGAAACUCUUUCUUAAUUUGAUUCUUACUAUGAAUCAUUAUCUGAAGAUACAGAUCGAACUCCUUAUGACUACAAUCUUUCAAGGUAUGGUUGCCGAUUCAAAGAUGUUGGUCAGUGAUUUAGAUAAGAACGUUGAGAGAAUCUUUGAAAUGGGGCAGAGGGGAACUUUUGAAGUUGAACCAUUGAGCGAAAAAGAGGUCGAAGAACUGGGAGCUGAAUUUCACACAGGAAAAGGCCCCGUGAUUAAAGAAAUUCUAGUGGAAACUUUGAGCGUGUUAUGGGUACGCUCUCCUUUAUUCUUUAAUUCAUUAUUUAAGUCGUACGAUUGCGACUUUGAUAGAUCCGACAUGGCAGAAUCGUUGCUGAAAUUACUUUGUCGCUUGUCGGCAUCUGAAGUUACGCUUUUUACUACUUCCAAUGUUCCUUCCAUAUGUAUGGAAGGUGUCCUUUCAUUUGUUGACGGUGUCUACGAGCGCACUAGAGCAGCUUCCAAAGCUAGCAUUGAGUUUGAGAAACUUCAGCCAAACCAACUGGUUUUGCAACAAAUUAAGAAAUCGGAUUUCAUUGAAUGUACCAAAAAAUGGAAUGAAAAGCCUCAGAAGGGUCUUCAGAUGCUUCAGGACAAAGGAUUCAUUCAUGAUAUGAAUGAUGUGAGCGAGGUCUCCAAAUUUCUCUUUGAGAAAUCCGGAAGAAUUGACAAAAAGAAGCUGGGUGAACUGUUAGCUAAGCCCUCGAACACUGAGCUUCUGAAGGAAUUUGUGAAGCUACUUGAUUUCAGAAACCUAAGACCAGACGAGGCGCUGAGAAUGUUGUUGAACAAUUUUAGAUUGCCAGGAGAAGCACAGCAAAUUGAACGAAUUGUUGAAGCGUUCAACGAAAGAUACAUUGCAUGCCAGGAUGCUGAAUCUAUAUCACCAAAUGAAGAGAAUGAUGACGAGAAAGUCACCCCAGACCAGGACUCGCUUUUUGUAUUGUCUUUCUCAAUCAUCAUGCUAAACACAGACCUUCAUAACCCAAACGUGAAAAAACCGAUGACUUUGGAAGAUUAUCAACGCAACCUCAGAGGAUGCUACAAGGGAAAAGAUUUUCCCCAAUGGUAUACUGAAAAAAUAUAUCAUUCCAUUAGAGAAAAAGAAAUCAUCAUGCCGGAAGAGCAUCGGGGCACUUCAAAAUGGUAUGAGACUGUCUGGCAUUCCCUCAUUGCAGAGCAAGCUAGCAAGAUGUUAAGCGACGACGUCAUUGUUGAGGAUACUGAUAAUAUAGAAGAUUCUCUCCAAUUUGACAAGGUUUUGUUUGAAAAGACAAGCAAAUAUAUUGUCAGCACCUUGGUUACAAUGUUUGAUGAUGCUACUCACGACAGCGUUGUAACAAGAAUGAUCUCAAGCGUCGAAAAAUGUGCUGCAAUUGCGUCAUAUUUUGGUAUGAAAGACCUGGUUGAUCACAUUAUUGAAAUUGUUGCACAUUUAACAACUCUUACUGGCGUAAAGCCUUCCGAGUUCGCUUUGGAAUCCAGAGAAUCUCUUCCUAUCACCGAGCUCAAGCUUGAAAAGGAAAAUGAGACAAUCACUGUUAGCUAUUUAUCCGUUCUCUUUGGCCGAGAUUUCCGUGCUCAACUAAGCACGCUUGUGCUUUUCCGCAUUUUGAAGAAAUCCAAUUUUAGAGUCUCAAAGCACUGGGACUUCCUUGUGAAGAUUGUUUUGACUCUUUUUGAAAAUGGUUUGAUUGAACCAAAUCUCUUUCCUGAAUUCCAGAAGAAGAUAGGCUUGGAUAAGCUGUCAAAACCAAAACCAGAAUUUCAAUUUAGUCGUACUAAAGCCCUGAAAGACAAUGGUUUGUUUUCAACAUUCUCGUCUUACUUGAAGGGCCUUUCUGAUGACACUCCCGAACCUACAGAUGAAGAGAUCGAAUGUACUCUUUCAGCUAUGGAGUGUAUUAAAACAAGCAACAUCAGUUCUCUGUUCAGGAGUGUUAGCAAAACAUCAUCUGAAAACAUAAAUGCUCUAGUGUCAAUUUUGUUGAAGCCAAUACCAAAGAAAGAAAAGGCCGAUCCUCGGGUUUUCAUACCUGAGACUUUAUUUAUUCUAGAGAUAUGUGUUUGCUACCUGUUAUUGACUGGAAAUUCAAAGCUUGUCGUUGAAAUACUGAAUCUAUGCGAUGAGAUUUUCAGUCCUGCAGAGGACUUUAAGAUGGGCUGCCUAGUCAGAGUCAACGCUUAUAAGCUUCUGUUAUUGCACAACGGAGACGACUCGAAUGUUGAUCUUCUCAACAGUACUAUCGACAAGUUUUAUGAUAUUGCUGAUAAAAACCGAGACGCUCUGAUGAAGUAUGGAUCAGUCAUUUUGCAUCCGCUACAAAUGCUAAUAUUAGUGAAAGGCACAUGGUGUCAAGACAUCUUGUCCAAAAAUAGCAGAUAUUGGUCUCUAAUUCGCAUAUUCGCUUCUUCUCCGAAAAAUACGGAAGUCGUUUACCAAUUCAUGCGCAACCUUGUGGAAACUCUCCCUGAGAUAAUCACAUAUCAAAAUUACAUGGAUGUUUUGGGUCUUCUUGACGAAAUAUCAGCAGUUGGUGCAUAUGGAGCGCAAUGGGAGCAAGAGUAUGAUAAGCUGAUUGCUAGCGGCCACAAGGUAGAGAAAAAUAAAAAUCCGUUCCAGGAUUUGGUGGCAACGGCUACUAAGUCAAUCACAUUGACUUUAGGAUUAGCAAAGCUCUUCGAUUCAAGCAAUUUCAAAUCCACAGUCCCGACUGAUACCGAUAGCUCAUCUAUUUGGUAUCCUUUGAUUGAAGCUAUUGCUCACCAAUGCUACAAUCCAUGCAGAGAGCUGAGAUCUCACGCUCUAAAAACGCUCACAACACUACUUGUUUCCUCCGACUUACCACUGGACUCUCUAUCCCCUGAGUUGGUCUUGGAUGCGGGAUGUAUACGUUUGUUACUGGAGUUACUGAAGCCGGAUGUGGAAGGCACAGAUGCAGAGGGAAUGAUCAAAACCCAACACGAUGUGCUCAAUUUGACUUGCAAGGUGAUCCUAAUUUACAAAUUCACAGAUGUAAAUGCGGUCAUCGGAAAAGUUCUGGCUGUCUCUUCUAAGUUCAUUGUCAAAAAUCGUCACCGUCAGAAUUUUAAGGAUGAGGUGCUGGAAUUUUUAAAAAACAUGCUACUUGUCAAGAAAGAACAAGCUGAUUUGGAGAAAUUGGAGAAGCUACAAAUUGAUAAGUCACUAAAGCAGAUGAUUGAGGGGAUAAGGGACGCGGAGAAUACAGAGGCGAAAGAAGACUUUAAAAGCGAUACACAAGAAUAA